AUGCCGGCCUACAACAGCAUAUUCAACCCCGACUCCUCCCCUCCAACCUCAACAAACAUCGGAAACUUCCCUCUCCUCCCCCUCCGCACACGCGUCCGCGGCCCAGCCUACACCUUACCUCUCGAUGCCUCCUUGCCCGCCCACCUAUCGCCUGAGCCCGACUCCGAGAGCUAUGAUGCGCUGGACGAGGUAUUGAGUCUGUUCCGGGCUAAUACGUUUUUCCGGAAUUUCGAGAUCCAGGGCCCGGCGGAUAGGUUGCUGAUUUAUGGGAUUUUGUGGGUUAGUGAGUGUUUGGGAAAGAUUAGGCCGGGCAUGAGUGGGAGAGAAGCACAAAAGGAAGUCCAGAACAUAGCACUCGACACCAACUUCUCCAUCCCAGGCGACCCAGGAUUCCCUCUCAACCAGAUGUUCAACCCUCCCACCAACCGCCAAGAAGCCGAAGCCCUUCGCCAAUACCUCUCUCAAGUCCGACAGGAACUCGCGAUUCGAUUGCUGGCUAGGAUAUAUGAGGAUGGGACCGAUAGGCCGAGUAAAUGGUGGUUGAGCUUUGCGAAGAGGAAGUUUAUGGGGAAGAGUUUGUAA